UAAUUAUGAUCUGUGUCUCACUUGCGUUAUCGUUCGAGUAUAUGCUAUCGGAGAACAAAAAUAGCUCACCACUCACUGUUAGCACAUAAACUAUAAAAACGAUUGUAUUCACUCAGUUGUGAUACAACCGCGGAACUAAUAACACGACAGCCAUGGUUAAGGUGGCAGUGGUCACCGGCUCUAAUAAAGGUAUCGGAUUGUCAAUUGUGAAAGGACUUCUGAAGAGGUUCGAUGGAGUGGUGUUCCUCACCGCGAGAGACGACGGCAGAGGCAAGGCUGCGGUCGCCAAACUGAACGAGCUCGGUCUGCAUCCAGAGUACCAUCAGCUAGAUGUCACGGAUAGGAACAGUAUCGCUAGGUUUGCAGACUAUAUUAAAGAAAAGUAUGGAGGCAUCGACAUAUUGGUCAAUAACGCUGGUGUAUUCAACGCAACUGAUUUGUACCUGACCUACGAAGAGAGCAAGGAAAUCAUCGACAUUAACUACUUCAGCUACCAUAUCAUCCAGGAAUACCUGUACCCUCUAGUGAGGGACAACGGACGUAUAUUAAACAUUUCCAGUGACUGCGGACACCUGUCCAACUUGAGAAACGAGUACUGGAUCAAGAAACUCUCCAGCAGAUCUUUAACAGUGGGGGAAAUCGAUGAAUUUGCCAAUUGGCACUUGGAAGCUGUCAAAAAUGGUACAUUCAACAAAUCUGAUAUUGCUGACAAUGGAACAGUGGCCGCGUAUCGAGUGGCGAAGGUUGCUGUCAGUGCUUUGACCAGGAUCCAACAGAAGGAGCUCGAGCCCAGGAACAUCUCAGUGAACUCCAUGCAUCCCGGGUUAGUGCGCACUGAGAUGACGAAAGGAGUUGGAUUUUUUGACGCGGACCAGGCGGCUGAAACUCCUCUGUACUUGGUACUGGAAGCCCCUCACACCCUAAAAGGUGCUUACAUUUGGUUCGACAGACAAGUACUGGACUGGUUUGAUCCGAAUGCAGAUUGGUAUUUCAAAUGCAAAACACUGUCUCACUGAUUUCACUAUGUGAAUAUAUAUGUAUGUUCAUGUGAAUUUAACCUUAACUAUAUUGAUUAUUGUGUUUUAUGUAAUCAUAUUUUUUAUCAGAAAAGUGAAUUUAAUGUGACCUUGAUUAUUCUGGAGCACGAUGUAAUGUUGACAUUUGUGUAGAUACUUAAUGCUUAUCUGCCGUUAUCAAGUCAUAAAAAUUGCGAUAAAAUUUACACACUGAUACGAAUACAUAAUUCACAAUGGAC